AGUUCAGUCCAGCCUUUCUCCUCCCCCGUCUCCGUCUCCCACUCCCCACAGCACAGCUUCUCCAACUCCAAUCUCCAUUCCCCAAUCUCGCAGGCGACGCGCGCCACCGGCGGCAUCGAUGCGGGCGAUCUCGACGGCCGCGGCCGCGGCGGGAGGCAUGCUGCGCGCGCGGCUACGCUCCGCGUCCCGCGUGCGCGGUGGCGGCGAGGGCGCGGGGCGGUGGACGACGCCGGGCCACGAGGAGCGGUCCAAGGGGUACCUCUUCAACCGCCCGCCGCCGCCGCCGGGGGAGUCGCGGAAGUGGGAGGACUGGGAGCUUCCCUGCUACGUCACCUCCUUCCUCACCGUCGUCAUCCUCGGCGUCGGCCUCAACGCCAAGCCCGACCUCACAAUCGAGACCUGGGCGCACGAGAAGGCACUCGAGCGCCUUCAGCAGCAGGAGCUAGCUGCCGCCGCCGCUGUCUCCGGCGGCGGUGACGCCGACGCUGAGUGAUCCGCUGGUCAGAUCACCCUGAACUCUAGAUUUUUCUGAUUUCCUGCUUGUGUCGGUCCAAUAAGGCUGUCUGUACUGUGAUGUAUGUCAUGACAUUCCAGAAAUUGAUGGGCAUCAGAUUGAACACUGUAUCCAUGUUGCUGUUUCACUGGAUAACUUAAGUUGUAUAAUCUUUUUUAAUUGUUGCAUGAUGGCGAACAUGCUAUACACUCUGGAUGGUUUGCACCUGUGUUGCUUAUUGCAAUGAAAGUGUUCAUGGCUGGACUUAGGUGUAUGUGUAUCAUGCACCCCCUA